AUGGUGUCUUCCCGCAGCGAAGCCGAGGAGGUCCAGGAGCAGAGAAGGCCGCAAGCUCAAGCUCAAGCUAAUCAACUCGGAAGGGCCUGUGUUCAAAAACGCGCCCUGUCCAAUAGGGCCUUGGCGGAGGAGACUCGGAGGCGACAAAGCGAGAGCAAAGUACCUGGAGAGAAAGAAGCCCAAUUGUGCGGAUUUGAAAUUGACUCCCUAUACUCUGGUUAUUCUCUAUCCCAAGGACACAAAUUGCCUAAAGCAGUGGCUAUAUGGCUAGAUGAACAAUCCAACUCUCUUAUCACGCCACUGCUACCGAGAGAAAGAGGUUUUGAAUGCAUCACGACAAGUAGUAUCGAUUACUACCCAGAUUGUCCCAUCGUCACUGAUUCGGGCGCUUUUACGUCAGAUGCCGAUCAGCCGCAGCAGUCCAGCAGCCAAUCUCAGUGUCUGGUGAGGUUGGGAUACACUGCUUACCAUUGGGCGGCAUGGCUGCGUGUAGUUGCUAGCAAGUAA